AUGGCUUCCACUUCUUCAACUCCUUCCAAGUAUGAUGUUUUUAUUAGCUUUAGAGGCAAAGAUAUUCGUGAGGGUUUUCUCUCCCAUCUCUUUGAUGCAUUGCAGCGAAAACAAAUCAAUACCUUCUUGGAUGAAAACCUUCGGAAGGGAGAAGAGAUCUCACCUACUCUCUUGGAAACAAUUGAAGAUUCUUAUGUCUCAAUAGUUGUUUUCUCUCAAAAUUAUGCAGAUUCUCCAUGGUGCUUGGAUGAGCUUGUGAAGAUACUCGAAUGCAAGGAAACUUUAGGACAAGUAGUCUUACCAAUUUUUUACCAUGUAUAUCCAACUGACGUUCAAAAUCUCACAGGGAAUUUUGGGGAGGCAUUUGCUUUUGCUAAGCAUAGAGAAGAACUCAAAGGCUAUUUAGACAAGGUGGAUAAAUGGCUCGAUGCUUUGACGGAAAUAAGCAAUUUAUCAGGAUGGGAUUCACGGAACAUCAAGUCUGAAUCCAAACUAGUUGAGAAAAUAGCCAAAGAUGUUUCAGAGAAAUUAAGACACGCCUCUUCAAGUGAUUCUUACAAUGAUAACUUAGUUGGAAUUGAUUCACGUGUCAAGGAAGUGGAAUCCUUAUUAUGUAUUGAAUCAACAAAUGAUAAAAGGGUCAUAGGAAUUUGGGGAAUGGGAGGUAUUGGCAAGACAACUAUUGCUGGUGAAGUAUUUAGUCGAAUUAUGGCUAAAUUUGACGGUCACUAUUUUGUUGAUAAUGUCAGACAGGAAAUGAGAAAGCAAAGACCAAUUAUUUUACGAGAUAAAAUCAUUCAUCAAUUGUUAGGAGACAAAAAUUUACAUAUAAGCACACCUAAGUUACAUGCUUUCAUUAGGAGAAGACUUAAGAACAAAAAGGUUGUUAUUGUUUUUGAUGAUGUGGAUGAUCCAAACCAUUUAAAGCUUCUAGCAGGAGAGUGUGAUUUAUAUCAUAAUGGAAGUAGAAUCAUUGUAACUAGCAGAGAUAGGCAAGUACUUAAGAAUGUUUGCCCCGAGGAUUAUAUAUAUGAGGUUGAAAAAUUAAAUUAUGAUGAAGAUCUUUGUCUUUUUAGCUUGUAUGCGUUCAAACAAAAUCAUCCCAAGAAAGGAUAUGUGAAUAUAUCGAAGAAGGUGAUAGCAUAUGCUCAAGGCAUUCCACUGGCUCUUAGAAUUUUAGGCUCUACUUUGUAUGAAAAGGAGAUUGAAGAAUGGGAAAGUGAGCUGGAAAAACUGAAAGAUAUUCCUGAUAUGAACAUUCAAGCAGUUUUGAAAAUAAGUUAUGAUGGACUAGAGCGACAUGAAAAGAGCAUAUUUCUUGAUAUUGCAUGUUUGCUAAAAGAGGAGCUUAAAGAUCGUGUUGAGAGAAUAUUAGAAGGUUGUGAUUUUUUUCCAAGAAGAGCGAUAAGUCGUCUAAUUGAUAAAUCUCUUGUGACUGAUUCAAACGGUAGGAUGGGUAUGCAUGACUUGUUACAACAAAUGGGGAAGGAUAUUGUUUAUGAGGAAUCCAAACAGCUUGGAGAACGCAGCAGGUUGUGGAAAUAUAAGGAUAUUUGUCAUGUAUUGACAACAAAUGCUGGAACUGAAAAUGUUGAAGGCAUAUUACUUGACGUGUCUGGGAAUGGAUAUUUGGAGCUAAGUUCCAUAGCCUUCACGAAGAUGUGCAAUCUUAGAUUUCUCAAACUGUUUGAUGCUUCUUAUUCCAAACAAGGACAAGUUCUGCUUCCUAGCGGCCUUGAAUUUCUACCAGAAGAGCUAAGAUAUCUUUACUGGGAAAGAUACCCUUUGAAAUCCUUGCCAUUAAAUUUUUGCCCAAAAAAUCUUGUAGAACUUCACAUGCCUAGAAGCAACCUCAUACAACUUUGGAAUCGAUAUAAGGCUCUUGGAAAUUUGAAAUAUUUAGACCUCAGCUACUCUUUCGAGCUAAUCAGAGUUCCAGACUUGUCUAGCGUCCCAAAUCUUGAGGUUUUAUAUUUGGACGAAUGUAGAAGCUUGAUUGAGAUUCCCAGCAGCAUUGGCAAGUUGAAAUGUCUAAAAGAAGUUACUCUCAAUGAUUGCAAAAAACUGCAUAGCAUUCCACAAAGCAUCUGCAAUCUGAAAUCUCUUACAGACCUUGAUAUCUCAUAUUGUUUGAAUGUCAAUGGAUUGCCAGAGAACAUAGGGGAUUUAGAAUUGUUGAAGGUCCUUUAUAUAUCUGGAAGUGGAAUAAAAACAUUACCAUCAUCCAUCAAUCAAUUGGGAAAAUUGGAAGAGUUAAGGUGUAGGGGAUGUGAAGGUUUGACAUUGCCUCCUUUGACAGGUUUGUCUUGUGUAAGAGUAAUUGAUUUAGAUGACACUGGUACAUUAGAAAUUCCCCGGAGUCUUUGUUUUUUAGUGUCACUGGAAGAGUUAUAUUUAGGUGGAAACAAUUUUGAGAGCAUACCGGCAAGCAUUAAACAACUACACAAGUUGAACUGGCUUACAUUAAAUGGUUGCAAGAGACUUAAAUUUUUACCGGAGCUUCCAUGCUUAGAAGAGUUACAUGCAUCGAAUUGCACAUCUCUGGAAUCUGCAUCAACAUCAUUCCUUUUCCAAGAACAUGAAGACGAAGAAGAAGAAAAAUAUCUUGACUUUCGUAAUUGCAUCAAUUUGGAUAAGGGCGUAUAUGAGAAAGUAAUGGAGGAUGUAUUGGAAACGCAUCUGUUGAAACACAAGGUAUGGUUCCCUUUCUCAGGUUUUACAAGAAACACAAAGAUAAGCAUGGAUUUUUUUUUUCUUUCUUUCAUGAAAGAACUUACAAUUUUCUCGAUACAGAUUGUUAAAUUAUGUAUAGCCGGGGAUGAAGUGCCUCAAACAAUGAGAUACAAGAACCAGAGUGGAUCUUCUCUAUCAUUCAUACUAGAUCGGCCUCACUUGAUUGGUUUAUCCUUUUGUGCUAUUUUUGAUCCCAAAAAUUGUCCUGGUGAUGAUAUGGCUAACAUUAUUUGCAAAGCCCAAUUCAUAGAUAAAUCUGGAGAUAACAGUAAAAAUUUUGAUUUCUAUUUGAUGAUUUUGAAAGUUGCUCUGUCAUAUUCAGAACAUGUGUUCCUUUGGAAUGAAUUGUUCGACAUGGAAGACAGUUUCGUUGAGGCCUCAUUUCAGUUCUGCAUUCACAAGGUGUCAUUCAAGCCAACAUAUCAUGAGGAUUUUGAUUACAAGGCUAUAAUUAAGUGUGGGGUACAUCCUAUGUUUCGAGACGAUUGUCUUUGCAGAGAUAAAAAGAGAAGCAGAAAUCAAGAAGAUGAGGAAGACAAACCUUCACCUCAAAGACUGAAACAAGAACAAAACCCUUCUCAUACGCAGGAUAAAUCAUGA